AUGAGCGAAUACUGGGUCUCCAAGAAACGCUACUUCUGCAAAUACUGUGACAUCUACAUCACAGACGAUGCCCCCUCCCGUCAGCAGCACGAGAAUGGUCUACGACAUCAGGGUAACAAGGAACGGUUCGUCCGAAAUAUCUACAAGACUGGAGAGAAACGGAAGAAGGAUGCAGAGGAAGAGAAAAGGGAGAUGGCCAGGAUUGAAGCCGCCGCACAAGCAGCAUAUACAGAGGACAUAGGAGCAGGGCAUGCCAAAGCCUCAAAACCCCAAUCCCAAACUCCUCCACCAGUCGCCUCAUCCAGCAAGAAACCACCACCUCCCAAACCCACUUCCAAAUACGAGAACUAUACCACCGCGGAAUCACUAGGGUACACAGAUCCCGAUCUCGAGCGCGCCCUUGCCGAAGCCGAACGACGACGAACUCAGGGCGUAGUCGGUGACUGGGAGGUUGUGGCGACAGUUGAGCGACCGAGCGCUGAGUCUGCUGAGGCAAGCGCCGAGGAACGUGGAGAUGGAGGCGUUGCCGGUGAAAUUAAAACGGAAGAAGGGGUUGUGGGUGCUGAAGCUGAGGGGAGCAGGAAGAGACCAGCUGAAGCGCCGUUAGAAGACGAGGAAGACGGAAGAGGUUGGAAGCUGAGGAAGAAGACCGUUGGGCCUGGUUUAGGCGAGAUUUACGAUCCUGGCCUCAUUCCUAUCAAGCUCAAACCAAAGAAGGAAGAAAAUGGUGGGGCUGCUUCGUUGGUUCCUCUGAGGAUAUUAGGUGCUGGCGUGAUAGGGGCUGCUGCAGGAUCGAAUGGGAGUAUGCCACAGGCGAGCGCGAAACCGACGUGGGCCCCGACGAAGUGGAAGAAGGCCGGAGAGGAAGAAGAGACACAUGAGUCUGCCUCUGUUGCCCAGGCGGUCGGUGCAGAUUCAAAUAGACCAGAUGGCGUGGAGCAAGAGCUGGGGGGGCCGUCUUCCUUACUUGAGGUGAAGCAGGAGGAGUCAUCAGUAGGUGUGAAGCUUGAGGGCGAUGGGCCACCCGCGGAACUCUCGAGUGGCGGAAGUUUGUUCAAGAAGAGACGGGCGCCUGUUGGCGGCGGAGCUGGUAGUCGUGGAAGGCGGUUCUGAAGCUCUUCUUGUGCUUACUUCUGCUACCGUAUAUGAACAUCCUUGCAUGUGCCUGACGAAACGUUCCGUGGCACCCUCCCGAUUCACUGCUAUUUUGUUUUUGCUUUCAC